UGUUCAGGUUAUCGACCCUAACGCAUGGAUCGAGUUUAAAAUCACGACUUUUAUGUAUGAAAUUGCUACUUUUGAAUUCGCGUCUUAUAAACACGUUACAUUUGUCAUCAUGAUAUCGCAACACUGAUUAAGUGAUGACUAUAUGGUAGCUAAUGGAUUUAGAAUAAUAUUCUUAUACAUCUAUAACAUAGAGGUUUAACCGCCAUGUUUAUUAUUUUGUAUGUAUAUUGAGUGAGUCACAAUGUUUUGUCAUGUUCGACUCCUACGCAGGUCUACAUUACGCAUGCGCUUCGUUGGACGCUUGUUCUUGGAAUUGUCCCUUUUCUGAAAUAAUUGCUAUAGAUUUAUCUAUAGCGUUAGCUAAGUUCGUGAAGCAGCGAUAUAAAAAAAUAUACUUGGCUGCUCUAUAAUUUUGGAUAGAUAAAAAGUAAGUGAAUAAAGAUAUAGUUUUAUCUGUUUGUAUCAAGAAAACUAUCCAACGUCAAGUAGGUUGGGCGUCGGGCAGUGACCUCUAAUACAUACCUAUAUUUAUAUGUAUUAACAUUUGGUAUGAAAUCAUCAUCUCAUUUAGCUUAGUUUAGUUGUAAGUUUAAAAUUCAAUGAAAAAUAUCUCUAGCGCUAAUCCUUUACUAUCUUUCUCUCUUUCAGUAAUUAGUAAUUAUUUAAAUAUAUACAACCGUUAUGUUAAAUCUAUAACAUAAUAUACAAUUAGGUACCAGGAGUAAAAAAUUCGCUUUGAUUUGUUUACAUAAUCUAGUAUGAACGAUCAAUUGUCAUAAUGUAACUUGACAGUUUGAGCCAUGAAAUCCGUCUUCGCUUUAUUAUUUUUUAUCAUCGUGGAGUGCCGAUGCGUCGGUGUAGAUUAUUACCUCGGCAAGGAGCCAGAGCCCCAAGAACAAAAUGCAAAUGCAACCUUGCCUGAACCUGUAGCCGAUGAACAACAGACCAAUCAUCGAAAAUACUUGAAUGCUUCUUAUAAAGAAAAUUUAAAUCAGAGUAAAGAAUCCGAUUACGGACAGUAUGAAGGACUAUCGGAGAUUGAAGAAGACAUGGUAAAUAAAGCUUUUGAGUCCAAGCAACCUAACGACAUGUCUAACGAAUAUUUCGAUACGAAGGCAGAAGAUUUAGAAGUCGGAUAUGAUCCUAAUUUGAUGUUGCGUCACAGUUUUCAUGAUGUAUCAAAGAAGAAGUUAUUGCACGAUGUUUCUAAAGACUACGUUUAUAAUUACGAAGAACCACUUAACAUUACUAAUUAUCAAGUGCUACGUGAUAAAAAUGAAAGUAUCGAAACUACUGAAUUCGAUUUCAAUAAAAUUGUCAUUCUAAAAAAUGUCAAAUCAGAGACCGAAAAUACCCAUCCGAAAGUAUCUAUUGACUUUUAUAAUUUAGUACCAGCAGUAAGUGUAAAUAAAGAUAAUGAUGAUGCUGUCAGUAAUUACAGCGUUUUAGACAAUAAUGUCUGGUAUGUCCCAGAAAUUACUCAAUGCUGGGAGUUACCUAUGCUGCACGGUGAAUUGGGACAGGCUAAGAAGUCUAAUGAGGUUUUUCUCAUGUAUUCUGGUGAACUUAAGAACGUAAUUGAAACCACUAACGAGCCGAGUCAACCCUCUAGGCCGCUUUACAUACCUGUAUCACAAACUAUGAACAAGUGGUGUGCCGCAGGGCCCUGCUAUGGGGAUCAUACGCUCUGCCUUUUCUCUGAUAGAUCUAACUCACAGUUAUGCAGGGCUGGUUAUAUCGUUUCAACUCCAUCAAUGAUUGAACAAAUAGGUUUAGUGAAUACGAUUAAUUCAAUGCGCAAUCGUAUCGCUAAUGGAGAAACAGAUCUAUAUCCGCAUUUACCAAAAGCUGCCGAUAUGAACCAGUUAAUUUACGACUUUGACCUUGAAAGUAUGGCUGCAGCUUGGCUACACCAGUGCCUACCAGGGCCUGCCUCAUGCUCAGCUCUUGAGGGCACCUAUGUUACACAGCUCGAAUGUACAAAAUACGCAAGGCAUUGCUGUAUAGACUCCUUUAAAAGUGAAAAGGCUUCGAAAUGUAUACCAAAAUACGAAUGUUACGUUGAUCCUAUUAUUGGUUGCAUUCACGUUUGGUUUGCGGCUGCCGGUAAGAAGUUAACGACGACUGACAUAGAAUGUGGUCAUAUAACACGAGAGACUUACUACACUGUCCAAUUGCUCUGGGCUGAUACUCAUAAAAUUGGAUGUGCAUAUGGUAAAAAAGUUGGUGGAGAUAUAAGAGUCGUGUGUAACUUUUCUCCCGGUGCUCCGUUUUACAUUGAAACCAAGUAUUUUUGCGGUUUCAUCACACAUAAACCAGUUUUGGAGAACCAAACCGACGCUAUAACUAAACCAGAGUUUUUAGCAAGUCUUGGUAUCGCUUUAAGUCCAGUGAAGAGUUUCGAUGAGGCGGAUCUACAACAUACCAGUCACCAUAUUAAUUACUCUUUAAGGUUUUCUGAUAUAGACAUUCUGGGAAAGGUUUACAAGAAAAAAUGGAUUCGAGAGAAGUUAAAUAUUACACAGAACAGUACCAUGGGGCUCGUUGCUCGGUUGGUGGCUAGAUACACUUUUGGAGAAGACGGAGGGUCUCAGUGUGACAUGAACGAGGCUAUCUAUCAGAUCGGGGAGCCUGGUUCGAGGUGCGUGGAGAGAGGGAGACGGUUCCAUGCUCUCUGCUACGACUUCCGCGACCCCACGCCGGGCUACAGGCUGGUGGCCGUGCUCGCACCCGUCGCUUUAUUUUCCCUUAUUCUCUACGAUUUGUUUAGCGGUGUUGUGAGACAAACAAAUAAUUAGAGCCAUAAAUUCAGUUUGUGCAGUAGGUAAAAAAUAUUGUUUUGUGAAUGUGCGCGUUUAUAGGCUUUAAAGUUGUUAGCCAAACUAUACCAUAAAAAUUUAGCUUUUUAAUAUAAAUUGAACUUAUUUCUAAGUUUUUGUCACUUAUGAUUGACAUUCCAGCAUUUUUAUGUAAAGCCACUUUAUCCAUGUUUUCAAUAAACGAUAACCUAACUAUUCAUCUGGUAACUAAGGUUUACGGUUGUCUUUAUUAACUGUUAUUAUACUUAUUAUGCAGUAUAAUGUACAUCUAUUUAUUGCAAACUGUAUGACCGCAAAUAAACAAUGGUCCUAUACAAAUACUGUCCUAUCUGAACUUUUGUGUCGACUGACAAUGCCUUCUUAUAUGGAUUGGACGUUCCUGUGUGUUUAUCUCAUCCUACGAUAUGGCACUGAUGAAGCUUUUAAUUUAAAAAUAAAAUGGUAAUAGAAAUGCUAUAGAUCAUUAAUUUAACAAUGAGGACGUUGACGCGUACUCGUCCACAUCCAUGAAAUAAAACAAACAAAACUUCUUGCCCUCGCAAACAUUAACUUUUUAGACAGUAAACAAAAGCAAACGUUCAAUGUCUUGAAGUAAUUCAUAAAGAUCGUCGAGUCCACUCAAGCGUGUAAAUUAAAUUGAUGAUUUCCCCGUCGAACAUAAUCACUUGUGAACAAAUUGUAACAUUACUGGGAAGUUUAUACAGUCAAUAUUUCCGGGUUAACCAUUCCUUGUUUUUAUUGUAUAAUGCUCAUUAACACUGAAACUCGUAUGCAAUACGAUAGUUAUGCCUCUGUUAACAGAAAAAAAUACCUACUGUUAAAAGCAAUUGCAAUACACUAAAGAAAGAAAGUAUAAGGUAAAACUAUAUAUACUAUAAAACUGCUUAAUGAAACUGUCAUCCUAUGGAAGUUUCUGGAGAAAUUGGGAUUCCUAUUCUCUUUUGCAAUGGACCUGUGGUUAAUAAUUCAAUAAUCCAAUGCAUGACAAACUCCUUAAAGAACUCAGUCAUCUUGCACUUAGAUAUAAAUAAGAAUCGCUGU